UCCAUAAUAGAGGUAAAAUACAAAAAAUACCCGGAUGCACAUUCCAAACUUCUCUCAAAUUAUUUUUGUCAACCAUUCUGUAUUUGCAAUUUAUAGCCACGCAGUUCUAAUUUAGAGAAUAAUUUACACGUCCAAGUUUGAGAAGAAUAUAUUGCGAUCAUGGAGCACGUACAGUUAAAGGAGGGAGAAGCCACAGCGACGGUGUAUGGCAUGAUCAAGGAACAUCGCUACAAUGAAGUUGUGAACAUAUUGAAUGUGCAGCUAGAAUCCCAUGUUAAGUCAAGAGCAGCACUCUCCUUACUGGGUUAUUGCUACUACCAGAUGCAGGACUUUGUCAAUGCUGCAGAUUGCUAUGAACAGCUAACAAUAAAUUACCCCGAGGUGGAGGAUUACAAACUCUACUAUGCACAAGCUCUGCAUAAGGCAUGUCUCUAUCAGGAGUCUAUGAAAGUCACAUGUCAGAUUGAUACGCCUAUUUAUCAUAACAGGAUUGUGAAACUACAAGCUGCCAUUAAGUAUGGAGAGGAGGAUAUCCCAGCAGCCCAGGCGCUUGUUGAACAAUCUCCACCCGAUGACCCUGACACUGAGAUUAAUCUUGGCUGUCUACUUUUUAAGGAUGCUAGGUAUGAAGAUGCGUGCCAGAAGUUCACAACAGCCAUGAAUAUUCUUGGUUACAAGCCCGAUCUCUCAUACAACAUAGCGCUGUGCUACUAUAUGAUGAAGCAGUAUGCCCCUGCUCUCAAGUACAUAGCAGAUAUCAUUGAGAAAGGAAUAAAGGAACAUCCAGAGCUUGGUAUUGGGAUGACAACAGAGGGUGUGGAUGUCCGUAGUGUAGGGAACACAUACACUCUCAAUGAGACUGCACUUAUAGAAGCUUUCAAUCUAAAGGCAGCAAUAGAGUACCAACUGAAAAACUAUGGUGCAGCAUGCGAGGCACUAACAGACAUGCCCCCCAGGUCAGAGGAAGAGUUAGAUGUUGUGUCCCUGCACAACCAGGCACUGAUGAAUAUGGAGCAGAACCCUACACAGGGCUUUGAGAAACUUCAGUUUCUCCUGCAACAGAACCCUUUCCCUCCUGAGACAUUUGGCAACCUUCUCUUGCUUUAUAUAAAGUAUGAGUACUAUGACUUGGCUGCUGAUGUACUUGCAGAGAAUUCUCAUCUCACCUUCAAGUUUCUGUCUCCUUAUUUGUAUGAGUUCCUGGAGGCUGUGAUUAUGCGCCAGACAUCGCCCGAAGAAGCAUAUAGGAAACUAGAUGAGAUGGCCUCCAAACAGACUGAGCAGCUCAGGAAGCUUACCAAGAUGGUACAAGAGUCUGGCAGGGCUCAUAGUGAUGACACAAUGAAACACGCCAUCAAUGAUUAUGACGAUUGUUUAGAAAAGAAUAAUCACGAUGACGACAGCGUGAAAAAAGCCGUCAAUGAUUAUGAUGAUUGUUUGGAAAAGUACAUCCCUGUGCUUAUGCAGCAGGCCAAAAUCUACUGGGACCUCGAGAGCUACACCCAGGUGGAGAAAAUAUUCCGUAAAUCUGUGGAAUUUUGUAAUGAGCAUGAUGCGUGGAAGCUGAAUGUUGCCCAUGUACUAUUCAUGCAGGAGAAUAAGUUCAAGGAGGCUACAGGAUUUUAUGAACCGAUUGUCAAGAAACACUAUGAUAAUAUCCUCUCUGUCAGUGCCAUAGUCCUGGCAAAUCUCUGCGUCUCUUACAUCAUGACAAAUCAGAAUGAUGAGGCUGAGGAACUGAUGCGUAAGAUUGAGAAAGAAGAGGAGACGCUCUCCUAUGAGGACCCUGAUAAGAAGAUAUUUCAUCUCUGUAUAGUCAAUUUAGUCAUCGGGACUCUGUACUGUGCCAAGGGUAACUAUGAGUUUGGAAUAUCUCGUGUGAUCAAAAGUCUGGAGCCAUACCAGAAGAAACUAGGGACAGACACAUGGUUCUACGCUAAACGUUGCUUCCUGUCCCUUCUAGAAAACAUGGCUAAGCACAUGAUCAUGCUGCGUGACACUGUUGCCCAAGAGUGCCUGCAGUUCCUGGAGCACUGUGAAACAUAUGGACGUGAUGUGAAGGCUGUGGUUGAGAAUCCACUUGAAGAGACCCCUGCACAUCCAGGUAAAAACACAGUCACGUAUGAAGCCAGGCUCAUUAAAGCAUUGCUAAAUGAACUGGUAUAAAACACUUCUGCAUAUGGAUCCCAUAAAACACUUAAGGAGCAUUAUAUGAAUGGAGAUCAGAGUGGACAUGUUGAUAGAACAUUUUGCAGUGUAGUGAUUUCCUACAUGUGAAAAAAGAGCUAAUAUGUAUGAAAAGUACCAUUGUACUUACUAUAAAUGACACUGGAAGGGUAC